CUUGAUUGAAGAAUGAUGAUGAUUACUGACAGUUGUCAAAGUUAUUUUGGAAAUUUUAUUUGCACGUUCGAAAUCUUCGAUUCACCGCAAGCUCCCGCAUGUAGUUAUUCCUUUUUCACCCAGCUGCAAUUGUGCGACGAUGGGUGUUCGCGGUUUAACGACGUACAUUGCCGCCAAUGCUCAACGUUUUCUGCAUCCAUACGAACUACAUGACACGGAUUUGGUAAUCGAUGGGGACAAUCUGUGCAUCCAGUUAUAUCUGCACUCGAUGCAGGGGAUGAGCGCUUUUGGAGGUAACUACGAUCACUAUUUUCGGACGGUGGUUGAAUUCUUUGCGGUGCUCCGAAUCUGUAACAUCCAGCCAUGGGUUCUGUUGGACGGUGGCUACGAACAGUGCAAGCUGAAGACAGUUCGUAGUCGUAUGUUAGGGAGGAUUCAGAUCGUCAAACAUGAAAGACCCAGGUCGUCUAAAAUGGUAAUUCCGCUGCUACUUCGGGAGGUGUUCAUAGAUGCGAUGAGGGCAGCCAAAGUUUCCUUCAUGCGGUGCUUGUUCGAGGCGGAUAAUGAAGUGGCUAUAUUGGCCCGGAAGCUGGAUUGCCCCGUAUUGAGUUAUGAUAGUGAUUUUUAUAUCCACAAUGUCAAGUACAUACCAUAUGUUACGCUAAGCCAUAGGAUCUACCGUAAGGUCAUCGAAAACGAUGAAAAAUAUGAAAUACAAUGGAUUAGACGAUUACGUGGGAAAAAUGCAAAGAAGCGUGUGUUGGCAAGCACAGAAGAAGGUCCAAUCGAAGCAGCUAAGGCGCAAUAUUCUUAUUCUUACCUGGACUGCUCGAUGUACACGAUCGAAAACCUUAUUGGAGUGGAGCAGGAAUUGAAAUCGGAAAUGCUUCCCCUGUUUGCUGCCUUGCUGGGUAACGACUACAUCAGUCGCAGCAUAUUACGCAAGUUCUACGCUUCAAUGAAGGUUGGCAAGGUCAGCCGAAAGGUGGCAGUUCACCAGCGGAGAAUUGUUGCGAUUCUGAAGUGGUUAAAACAUCAUACAGUAAAGUCCGCUACAACGACGAUCCUUAAUCAGGUGCAGGAGAAGCACCGUGGCGCGCUGAUGCGUCAACUGGAGGGUGCAAUGUACGGAUAUAAUUGUGAAGAAUGCAUUUCGUACGAGUACUUUGGGUUCGUGGAGGAAAGCAAUGAAAAGGUGGAAAAUGGAGCGGAUAAAUUUCUAGAGUACUUAGCAGAAAAAGACGACGAGGAAUCUGCUACAAAGGAAUUGGAGGACUUGAAUGAUGAGGCCACUGAAGAAGGUGAUAGUGAAAGCGAGGCCGCAGAAGAAGAACUCUCAGAGGACGACGAACCUAGUGAAAAAGAAAACGAUGAUGACUCUUCUGUAGUAGAUCGCAGUUUCAACUGGGAACCUUGGCUGUUGAAAAUCUAUCAUGCAGCGCUCACACCGCGAUUUGUCGUAGAUUUGUACCAUUCGAAUCUGUACAUCAACUAUCCGCAGAUGGAGAACAUCAAUCAACCGGAUAGCAAUGAGCUAUGCUACGACUUGUUGCGAUAUAUUUUCGCUUUACUGAAAAUUUCUCAGAAGGCUUCCAGCUUUCGUUAUCUUACAAGGUGCGAAAGAGUGGCCCAGUUUCGAUGGUUAAAGUUUGAAAAUGUUAAAUUUCCGGAGGAUGUAAAUUUUAACCCAAACAAGCCGAAAAAUCUGCCUCUCCUGAAAGUUGCAUUCCGAGAUUUCGUCAACUGUAACGACUUAUUUAUAGAAGUUACUUCACUUCCUAACAAUAUGCAAUUAUAUUUCCUCAGUUUAGUGUACUGGGCAACAAAAGAAAAGGCUGUUACUGCAAUCCACCUGCACGCACUGAUCAUUUCCCUAAUUCAGUUGCAAGUAUUGGACAAACGUCUCCCGAACAAAUCACGUGAUGUCACACUUUUCCAAAAGAAUCAAAAAGUCUUCCUCGAAAGCCAACGGCAAUCGUUCAAAAAAACAAACCCUCCUAGUGUAGACCAACCAUCUAAAACACAAUUCAAAAUGCUGUCAGGUUUAAUAACCAAACCAGAGGCCAUAUUAACUUACGAGUACAUGGUGCCACAUUUUUCGAUCAACGACCGUCAUCUGCGGAAGCAUGCUGAACUGGAUCGGCCCACUGUACACGUCUUUGCUCAACUGCAAGCCGUCGUUUUGAAUCUAUUCACCCUGAAUGCCCUGUUGGGUGCCCCAUUGGAGCCGAUUCGUAUACACGAACACUACAACGGGCUGUUCGUUCACAAUCUCUUCCAAACACUGAGAUUGCGAAAGGACCCCCUGGAGUACAUCAAGGGAACGGUGUAUCGCUACUCGGGGGCGUCGUUCGAAAUCCACCGAAUGUUGUACGGUUGGUUGGUGAAAUUUGUGCCGCAAUUGGAAGACCACCUACCUAUGGUGGCCAUUCAACAGAAUCCGAAACGAUCGUUGCAACGGAAGAAGAAACAACCGAAGCAGGUGGUUGUUAAUGACUGUUUGGAGGAUGCAGAACCAGAUGACGUUAAGAACGAUGAUGAACAGGUCAAGUAUAACGAUGUGAAUAAUCUGUUUAGUCAGUUGUUGUUGAACGAUCAGUGAAACAGUUUAAGACAAAUAUAAUCACGAUGACCCAAACCUGAGUAGUCAUAAA